GCCGACGGUUGCAAACAUAACGUUCGUCAAUUUUAAGAUUUCAAGCAGAAAAGCGGAUUUCUUUUCACGCGCGAUCUUCUUUUUUUUUGCGUGUAUUUGUUGUGUGUGUUUGGCGUGCGGCUAACUUUGUUGUUGUUGUUCCAGUGUUGUUGUUGUUAUUGUUGGUAACAACGUGCGGCGCGCGCGCUUAAGUUAACAAAAAAAAAAAAAAAAAGAAUACUAAUCUAAUCCCAGAACUUCAACAAUUGAAUUGUUCUGUGUGUAAUGGUUGAUUAUGACUAAUUAACUGAGUGUUGCACCUGAAACAAGAAUAUUGACGAGGGAAGGAAACUGAGGAAAAUUGAAGCCGCAGUGAGGAAAUCAAAGUAGGAACCGACCACAACUCGUUUGGGAGCAGUCGUCACAAGAUCACAGAACGGGACACAUCAUGACUUUCUACUGGUGGUCACACUGGUUCUGGAUAACCCUGAUCCUGAGUGUUAACUUGCUGUCCAGCCAUGUCCACACAUAUCCCAGCCAGGAGGCGGAAUCGGUGGCUUCCAGUCCGCAUCCGCAGCCCGUUCGCACCACCAAGCUCUACCAGACGACGGUGACCCAGACGUGGGGUGGCCCCGCCACCCAAAGCAACAUCAUGGACCUGACCCACCGACCCACCACCAGCCGUCCGGUGGUGACCCCAAGUUAUGGUGACCCCGAACUGAAAGAGCUGGAUGUCCAUGAUGAUGAUGUCGACCAGGCGGUGGAGCCGCAGGAGGAGCAAGAUGAGCUGCCGCUCAACGAUCGCGGUCAAGAGCAGGAAGAGAAUCCGGAUCAGGAACAGGAUCAAGAUGAUGCAGAUCCAGAUCUAGAUGCAGAUGCAGAUGCAGAUGCGGAUGCGGAUGCGGAUACCGAGGAAACUGCGGCUAACGAGGAGCUGGCUCAGUUCGAGUUCAAGCGAUCGGCGGACUUCACCUCCGAGCAGCUCAACAACUUUACGAAUUUCAGCAGUAGCACUAGUACAAAUGGCAGCAGCAACAGCAGUAGCACUACCACAAAACCCGUUGCAAUCAGCAGCAGUAGUCCGGCCACAAGAACAACGUCCACCACCACCAGAGCGGUGGCCUCAACGCCGACCACUGCGAAACCACCAGGGCCCAGAGCCAGUGCAUCCACAUCGACGUCCAUGCCAUCGGGUUCGGCGGCUACUCCAUCGACGCCCAAGAUCAACACUGAGUGGUUGUCCGAUGAGCUCCUGCCGCAUGCUGGUGCGGGGUCAGGGGUCACGGGCAAUGGUAAUGGGAAUGGCGAGGGCGAGGGCGAAAAGGCACCGUUCACCCUGGAAAAUGCCAACAAGGAGGACGAACUUAGGCGGGCCGAAAGCGAGCAUAGAUCCCGCAAGUCCAAGGUCCUGUCCGCGGAAUACAAGCACAUCAAUCGCUACAUCAACUUCUCCAGCGACACCAAGAGUCUGCUGACCAGGUCCGCCUCCGCGGCGCCCAGCGUGUCGGGGGGCGGGGCCGCAUCCGGAUCAGGGUUCUAUGACGGAGCCGUUGGCGACGAGGGCAACAUCUCAUCAGAGGCCCUGGCCAUUCAGCGAACGUAUUUCCUAGAUGCGGGUGCCAUUUCGGCGAUUUGCUUCACUGUCUUCGGCGUCUGCUGCACAGUGGGCACCAUCGGCAUCGUCCUGUACCGUCGACGGUAUCUGAACAAGCCGCAGGCUCUCAGUGAACCAGACUCGAGUGUCUACAUCGAUGACAGCACCAUGCGGUUUUCUCGCUUGAUUUUGCAGGACAACUCGGAUGAGAUGUACAGCCUGGAUAACGACUCGUUUCUCAAUUCGCUGGAGGCGAUGACAAUACAAAACUAUUGGACGGAUACGGUCAAACAUACAAAGCUUUAAUUUCCGGUUGGAAGUCCCCCAGUUCUCAACUCAUUUUCAUUCGUUUGUAGUUUCAUUUGAAUUUCAAUUUCUAUUCCGAAUUUGGAUUCGUUCUUCUGUGGAAUUCCUGAUUUAAAACCAGACAUCAUAAUCAUUAAGUAGCGUAGCGUUUAAGCGUGUGUAUGUAUUUACUAAUGUUAGGCAACCAAAACGAGCAACUAGUUUAAGCCCAAACUACCAAAAUUAUGUUUAGUGUACGUGUAGAUCCUAAGUGCGCAAUGUUUUUGUUGGUCUUGGCUGUUAACUCAAGCCUCCUUAACCACUUCUCUCUUUUAAUAAAACCCAUUCGUACUCGUAUCUGUUAGUUAAUUAUUAAACCUUAUUUAUAUUGUUAACUAUUUUAUCGACCUCCCCGCCCCCUAAGCCUAAUUUUAAUCACACCUAUUUAUUAAGUUUCCAACUUUGUGUCCAACAAUUAAACGCAAUCAUUCCUUCCAGUUUAGCCUAUAGAGCAACUUUACACUGUAAUUACUGUAUUAAAAGCAAAGCAAGCAAACAACAAUUAAAAGAAAACAUCACA